GCUCCAGCUCUCCGGGGAGAGGAGCUUCCCGGCUCUGGAGAAGGGGCCAAUCCUUUGAGAACCCCCGGGAAGCGCCGCGCGCUGGAGAGGGACGAUCGGGCUACCCCGGCUCGCGGAGGGCUCGGCUCCGGGCUCCCCUCCUUUCCACCUCGCGGGGGAGGGGGCGAGGGAAGGAGGGGAGGGGAAGGUCCCCCGGAGGAGGCAGAAUGACCAGUCGAGGGGGGCUUGGGCGCUGCUUUUCCCAGGAGCUGCCUCCACUCCUGAGGCUGCCGCGAGGGCUGGCUUGAGCUGGGGCUCCAGGCUCUCCCGCUGCGAGCCAGCGCGGCCCCCCGGGGCCCGGGCAGCGGCGCCGGCAUGACGUCCGGCACCAUGAAGUUCAAUGGUUACUUGAGGGUUCGUAUUGGCGAGGCUGUGGGGCUGCAGCCCACCCGCUGGUCCCUGCGCCACUCGCUCUUCAAGAAGGGCUACCAGCUGUUGGACCCCUACCUGACGGUGAGCGUGGACCAGGUGCGCGUGGGCCAGACCAGCACCAAACAGAAGACCAACAAACCCACGUACAAUGAGGAGUUCUGCACCAACGUUACCGACGGUGGCCACCUCGAACUGGCCGUCUUCCACGAGACGCCCCUGGGCUAUGACCACUUCGUGGCCAACUGCACCCUGCAAUUCCAGGAGCUGCUGCGCACGGCGGGCGCCUCGGACACAUUCGAGGGCUGGGUGGAUCUGGAGCCAGAAGGGAAGGUGUUUGUGGUAAUAACCCUAACGGGGAGCUUCACUGAAGCCACUCUGCAGAGAGACCGAAUCUUCAAACAUUUCACCAGGAAGCGCCAAAGGGCUAUGCGAAGGCGAGUCCACCAGAUCAAUGGACACAAGUUCAUGGCCACGUACCUGAGACAGCCCACCUACUGCUCUCACUGCAGGGAGUUUAUCUGGGGAGUAUUUGGGAAACAAGGUUAUCAAUGUCAAGUGUGCACCUGUGUUGUCCAUAAACGCUGCCAUCAUCUAAUUGUUACAGCCUGCACUUGCCAGAACAACAUUAACAAAAUGGAUUCAAAGAUUGCUGAACAGAGGUUCGGAAUCAACAUCCCGCACAAGUUCAGCAUCCACAACUACAAAGUGCCAACCUUCUGCGAUCACUGCGGCUCGCUGCUCUGGGGGAUCAUGCGACAAGGACUGCAGUGUAAAAUCUGUAAGAUGAAUGUCCACAUCCGAUGCCAGGCGAAUGUGGCCCCGAACUGCGGGGUCAACGCGGUGGAACUUGCCAAGACCCUGGCCGGGAUGGGCCUCCAGCCCGGAAAUAUUUCUCCAACCUCGAAGCUCGUUUCCAGGUCAACUCUAAGACGACAGGGCAGGGAAAACACCAAAGAAGGAAAUGGAAUCGGGGUUAAUUCUUCCAGCCGACUUGGUAUCGACAACUUUGAGUUCAUCCGCGUGUUGGGGAAGGGGAGUUUCGGGAAGGUGAUGCUUGCAAGAAUAAAAGAAACAGGAGAUCUCUAUGCUGUGAAGGUGCUGAAGAAGGAUGUGAUCUUGCAGGAUGACGACGUGGAAUGCACAAUGACAGAAAAAAGGAUCCUGUCCUUGGCUCGCAAUCACCCCUUCCUCACACAGUUGUUCUGCUGCUUUCAAACCCCUGAUCGUCUGUUUUUCGUGAUGGAAUUUGUGAAUGGGGGUGACUUGAUGUUUCACAUUCAGAAGUCUCGUCGUUUUGAUGAAGCACGAGCUCGUUUCUAUGCAGCAGAAAUCAUUUCGGCGCUCAUGUUCCUACAUGAGAAAGGAAUCAUCUAUCGAGAUCUCAAACUGGACAACGUGCUGUUGGACCAUGAGGGCCACUGUAAGCUGGCGGACUUCGGAAUGUGCAAAGAGGGCAUCUGUAAUGGAGUCACCACGGCGACCUUCUGUGGCACGCCGGACUAUAUUGCUCCAGAGAUCCUCCAGGAAAUGCUCUACGGACCCGCGGUAGAUUGGUGGGCGAUGGGCGUGUUGCUCUACGAGAUGCUCUGUGGUCACGCACCCUUCGAGGCGGAGAACGAAGAUGACCUCUUUGAGGCCAUCCUGAAUGAUGAAGUGGUCUACCCUACAUGGCUCCAUGAAGAUGCCACAGGGAUCCUGAAAUCUUUCAUGACCAAGAACCCCACCAUGCGCCUGGGCAGCCUUACGCAGGGCGGAGAGCAUGCCAUCUUGAGACAUCCUUUCUUUAAGGAAAUCGACUGGGCCCAGCUGAACCAUCGCCAAGUAGAACCACCUUUCAGACCCAGAAUCAAAUCCCGAGAAGAUGUCAGUAAUUUCGACCCUGACUUCAUUAAGGAAGAGCCAGUUUUAACCCCAAUUGAUGAGGGACAUCUUCCUAUGAUUAACCAGGAUGAAUUUAGAAACUUUUCCUUUGUGUCUCCAGAAUUGCAACCUUAGCCUUAUGGGGAAUGAAAGGCAUGAUAGGAGAAUCACAAGCAGAUCCAGACUUUCCAGGAAUUUCCUUUGUGGGGCAUUCCCCAGUAUCAGCCUUAGAACAAGAACCUUACCUUCAGAGCGGAUACCGGAAUGAGAUUUCAUGAAGAAGUAUACUGCUCAACCUAGGAGUUUCUACGGUUCCUCUGGGCUUGGGAUAUUAGAAGGAACCAACACAAGAGAAGGUGUGAAGAAUCAACUCAAUCCUAGAAAUUCUGAGCCAACCGGAUUUUCACUUCAACAGGCAAAUCAAGACUUGGUCUGGGCCAUCCUGUGCUCUUCUUAAGCCAGUGAGCACCGGAUACCAGCAGACUGCAAGAAGUCUGUAAAUGCUAAUGAAGUAUUUGAAGGUAAGGAAAUGAAUGGCUUUCCAAGCAGAAUGAUUUACUCUGAAGAAACAAAACUCACAGCAUAAAGCCCUGUCUUGAAAACAGAUGUUGGGCACCAAGACAACUGUUCCAGCUUAUUCUCUUAUCCUCACUUGAACAGAUAUUUAUUGAGUGCCCAGUGAGACGGUGCCACGCACCCGGCUAGUGUAAACAGAUUCAUGUGCACUGAACGUUCAUGCUCCGGACCACUUAUGUACCUGAAUGGUGUUUGCAUUCUGUGAAAUGCCUCUCCAUGUUGCAUAUAUCAUGCUUCUUUGUCUCCACAUAACUUUGUCCACAGAAGAGGGCUUGCUGCCCAAGGACUUGUGAAAGCUCAGCGUGGGAUGAUGUGUUGAUCCCGCACCACACUCAGUGAAGAAUCGCACGCCACUCAUGUCAGUGACCAGACUUACGGCUUACACAUUAGCAGGUUAUUUAAGUUAUAUUUUAAGAGACAAAAAUGUUUGGUAUGCAUUUUAAUAAUUAGAAAUGACUCUUACAAACAGGACAUUUACCGAAGGACCUUAGAAUAUGUACUCAUAUAUGCAGCUGGAGAAUUUUGUCUGUCUGGAAAUAAAUGC